AUGGCUUCAGAAAAGCCAACAGAUCAACAGACUGUUACCACUUCUGGUAUUCGCGAUGCAGAAGCGGUACAACUAGAUAUCAAAGAUGAGGCUGGAUACUUGGCUGCAAGAGCGUUGACGAGCGAUGCCGUGGACGAGGAAACCUCUCGAAAAGUUCGACGAAAGAUUGACGUUCGCAUCUUACCUUUCCUAUGCGUUACCUACGCUUUGAUGUUCAUCGACAAGACCUCCUUAGGCUACUCUUCGGUGUAUGGUAUCAUACCCGAUAAUAAGCUUCAAGGCCAGGAUUACUCUUGGGCCAGUUCUAUCUUCUAUUUCGGAUAUCUUAUCGCCGAAUACCCUGGCAUCGCAAUCAUUCAGAGGUUCCCAGUAGCCAAGUUUCUCGGAGUUAACAUAGUACUGUGGGGUGCUAUUCUCAUGACAACAGCAGCAUGUUCUUCCUUCGCCGGCCUUGCUACUGUGCGGUUCUUCUUGGGGAUGGUUGAGGCGACGGUCUCACCCGGCUUCGUGGCCGUCACCGCAAUGUGGUGGACCAGACAAGAACAAGCAGGUCGAUCGGCCCUCUGGAUCUCUUUCCUUGGAGUUGGCAAUUUAGUCGGAACACUCCUAGCCUAUGGCAUCGGUCAUAUCCAAGGCUCUCUGUCUACUUGGAAGUACAUCUAUCUUAUUCUAGGAAGCCUUACCACCAUUUGGGGUAUAGUCUUCACGCUUUUUGUACCUGAUAGUCCAGCAAGUGUCCAAUGGCUGGACGAGGACGAAAAGGUCAUCGCCAUUCAACGAGUAAUCGAAAACAAGACUGGUACCAAAUCUCGCCGUCUUGUCGGCGACCAGGUCAUAGAGGCGAUUACUGACCCUAAAGUGGUUAUCCUAGGUUUGAUAUCAUUCGUCAAUGCCAUUGCAUCUGGUGGGCUAAGCUUCGGCUCCUUGAUUAUCUCCGGCUUAGGAUUUGAUCCACUACAAACCACCCUGUUGAACCUACCCGGUUCUGCAGUCCAACUUGUAGCACAACUCGGCUCUGGAGCCCUCACUUCUUACAUCGGUGGUUUUCGUCUACAAAUCGCAUCUCUAGCUAUGAUCCCGCCGAUCAUAGGGACUGUCUUGAUCAACCAACUCCAGCCAACGAACAAAUGGGGACGUCUUGUAGGAGCUUGGUUACUAGGCUCUUAUCCCGUGGGGUUUAUGGUAAUUCUUGGCCUACUCGCAACCAAUAUUGCAGGUAGCACUAAGAGAUCUGUAGCCUCAGGCUGGGUAUUCGUCUGCUACUGCAUUGGUCAAAUCGCCGGGCCACAGUUCUUUGUGAGCAAGGAAGCCCCAGCCUACCGUGGUGGUAUUGUAGCCAUGCUCUGUGGCUUCAUUCUCAAUCUGGUCCUGAAUCAAGUUCUGCGUUUACUUUACAUACUCGAAAACAAGAAGCGAGAUAAAAUGCUAGAGGGCAAAUCAGAGGAUGAGCUUGAUGCGAUGGAAAAGGAGAGUAAUCUACAGGGUUUCGAAGACGUCUCUGACAAGAACAACGCCAUGUUUCGUUACGCGCUAUAG